AUGUACCGACUAGUGUCGGCCGACUAUCGGUACAUCUCUACUAUAAACAAAUGCAACUGUGUGAUCAAAUCCUACAGUAAAAAAGUUAAACCCAUUGAAUUUAAAUAUAACUUAGAUGGAGUAGUGCUGGAACGUCCAGAAUUUGUUAAAGACCUGGGAGUAACCUAUGAGUCCAAGUUGAACUUUAUUGAACAUAUCGUAAAGGUGAGGGCAUCCGCGAAUAAAGGUUUAGGGUUUGCUAUUCGUAAUUCUAGAGAGAUAAGGGAUUCUAAUGUUAUGCAAUUGUUAUAUUCCGCACAUGUUAGAUCUAGACUAGAGUAUUGCUCUGUUAUAUGGAAUCCAAUUUAUCAAGUGCAUGUAGAAGAUAUCGAAAGAGUACAAAGACGUUGGCUGAAAUGUUUGGUGUUUAGAAUAGAUGGUGAGUAUCCAUAUAGGGGUAUUCCUAACGAUAUCCUCAACCAAAGAUUUAAAAUGCGCAGCUUGGAAUCACGAAGAAAAUGUGCAUAUGGUAUUUUACUAUAUAAUAUUGUUAACUACAUUAUUAAGUCGGAAAACAUUUUGGAGUUAAUAAGUUUGAAUGUUCCAAAGAAGAACUUAAGAAAUAAAAUAACUUUUCACCAAAGCAUACCAAGAUCCAAUGCUGCGAAAGCGUCGCCGUUAUACCAAAUGUUGGAGUUCCACAAAGAUAUUGAGCGAACUCUGGACAUAUUCGAUUGCAGAUUGUCUGAAAUUAGAAAUUGCUCCAUUUGA